CGCCAGAACUAAGAACUCACCUUCUUCCUCCCCAAGUUCCCGUUAGCACCGAGUGGGUCGCUAACAAUUGGUAUCGGAGACCUCCGAUUCGUCGGGCCUGGAGCGCGGCGACGGCGCCUACUACACGUGACGCGCGCGUAUGGUGGGGGCAACCGACCCUAGUGUCGCGGCGGCGCUCGAGGACCAGGCGCGGUCCCUCAAGGUGCAGGCCAAGGCCUUGGACUCCACGCAGAAGCUCCUACAGCAGAUCUGCGACCGCUUCACCGAGCAGGACGCGCGCUGGAACUCCAUCGAGAAAGCAGUGGCGACCAACACCAACGAAAUCGCGUCGCUACGAGCUAAGUGCGCCGACGAGGAGAUCCAAGCUCUUCGAUCAGAUCUGCAGCGUGCGGUCCUGGAGCACAUCGACACCCACCUCUCCAUCACCUAGGACCGACUAGAGGCAUUCACCGCGGAUACGACCACGCGGGUGGCAGCAAUGUCGAAUGUCCAAGGGGUGUUUGAAGCCUGGUGUCCCCCGAUCGAGACGACGGUCGACGAGGUCAAGACCUCCGUCGACCCCAUGCGAUUCGACCUCAACAAAAUCGUGCAUCUCCUGGAGCCUGACCCCUUCAACAACUCUACCACGGCUCCAGGUGUGCUCGGACCAUUCGAGUCGGCGGCGGGGCGCCCACCUGGUACUGCGACACACGCCGAUGGCCAACCAAGGCACCACGUCGAUCCGAUUCCACGGGAGCAUGGUUACAGGCUCGUAUACACCCACAACCAUCUCCCGGCCAAUGGUACAAAUUUUACCCCUUCCUUCCAAGCUUCCGACCAUGUUCCUCGUCGGUCUGCAUCUAAAACCCAGGAUCGUUUUCCCUAUCAGUCUCCACAUCUUCUAUUCGGGGGUCGUGCACAUGGAUCUCAAUUCAGUCCUUAUUUAGGCCAAUUACCCAAAAUGAAUUUCCCCGCCUUCGAUGGCGAAAAUCCCAAGCUGUGGAUGGCUCGUUGUGAGGACUACUUUCUCAUGUAUAGCGUUGAUCCUCUAGCCUAGGUUAUGGUAGCCACUAUGCAGUUCUCUGGUCCUGCUGCUAGAUGGUUACAGUCUGUCAAACCUCGUUUAGUUCACAUGUCAUGGGGAGAUUUCAAGGUCCUUCUGCUAGACAGAUUUGGCAAAGAUGAACAUGCAUUCCUUAUUCGCCAGCUGUUCCAACUUAAACAAACCGAAACUGUGUCAGAUUACAUCGAUCAGUUUGCUCAUUUAAUUGAUCAAUUGAAUGCCUAUCAGACCGUUAACGUUCCCUUGUAUUACACCAUGAAAUUUUUAGAAGGGUUAUGGCAUGAUAUUAAAUCUGUAGUGAUGAUUCAGAGGCUUCGCGACUUGGAUACUGCUUUUGUCUUGGCUCAAUUGCAGGAAGAGGUGGCAGAUGCGUCCAAGAACCAUGAUGCUCGUCGAUGGGAAGGCGGGGUGUCUUCUCGGCCAUACUCUAAAGGGCCGAUGCCUCUGCCUCCCCCACCAGUCUAGGACGGUUGACUUCCACCUCCUCAGCGUCCGGACGACAAGAAGUCCUUCGACAUACCCAAACCUGCUACUGCUGAUCGUAUCGCCAACCUCUAUGCAUACCGUAAAGCUCAAGGCCUCUGCUAUAAGUGUGGUCUCCAGUACUCUCGAGGACAUAAAUGUGCAGAAACUGUUCAACUUCAUCUGGUGGAAGAAAUGUGGCAGUUAAUGGAUCUUUCUGACUCUGAUGACAGUCAUGAUGUUCCUCCUGCACAAGUGAACUCUAUCCUCUUGUCAUAAGCUGCUGUGGAUGGAUCCUUAGCGCCGAAAACUAUCAAGUUCCUCGGGUCUGUGCAAGGCAUUGAAGUAUUAAUUCUGUUGGAUUCCAGCAGUUCUCACACAUUCAUCAGUGCGUCAGUGGCUGCUCAGCUUCAUGGAUGUACAACAGUGCCUCACAGGUUGUCAGUACAAGUAGCUGAUGGUUCUCGAUUGACAUGUACCUCAGAGCUAGUCAAUGCAGUCUGGUUUCUUAAUGAUUAUCAAUUUUAAUCUACACUGAAGGUGUUGUCCCUCU